UAUAUUAAUUUUAACUGGGGACAAUUCACAAAACUUGGUUUGAGUGGUGGCUGGCUUGUGCAUCGUCUUUGUCCUCAUCCUUGACCCUGUAAUCUAACGAUCAUGUUGGGUUCGGCUGCUCCUCACCCUUUCUGGUUACCGGUAGGCAAGGCGGAUCCUUGUUCGCUUGAUCUCAUCGCCACCGCCGCUUCCCUCCACUUCGGCCACUUUCUCCGCCGCCGCCUCAGCUACAAUUCCCGCCUGCGGUUUCUUCUCCAGUCCUGUUUCAAGAAACUCCCUCCUUUGAAUCAUGCAUUCAGAUGGAAGGAUAUAUGUUGUGAAAGAGCCCUCCAGUUUAAAGAAAUCAAUUUUCAUCAAUUAUCAAAUGAUGUUUUAACUUCCACUUGUUCAAUUAGUUUCUCUUUCUUUAAUGGGGGAGAACAUAGAGCACGCGUGGGAAAUGAUGGGAUGUCUAAUUCCAAGAUGUCCAGCCAGAGUCCAUUCAAUGGAAGGAAAUGGACUAAUAUUCUCCUUGCUGCCAAUAUCUUAAUUUAUAUUGCACAACUUGCAACACAAGGAAAGCUUUUGUUCUGGGGAGCUAAGAUUAACAGUCUAAUUGACAAGGGACAAUUGUGGAGGCUCAUCACUUCUUCGUUUUUCCAUGCAAACAUUUGGCACCUUAUGGUUAAUUGUUACUCAUUAAAUUCAGUUGGUCCCACUGUGGAAAUUUUCAGUGGUCCUAGGAGAUAUCUUGCUGUUUACUUUGUCUCAGCAAUUGCAAGUUCAGCAAUGAGUUAUUGGUUCUGCAGAAUGCCUUCAGUAGGUGCAUCAGGGGCAAUUUUUGGACUAGUUGGAUCAGUUGCUGUGUUUGUGUUGAGGCACAGGGAACUGGUAGGAGGAGGCCAAGAAGAUUUACAACAUAUAGCGCAUAUAAUUGUCCUUAAUAUGAUCAUUGGGCUAUUAUCAAAUGGCAUUGACAAUUGGGGUCAUUUAGGAGGCUUGAUAGGUGGAGCUGCUGCAUCUUGGUUGAUUGGACCAGCGUGGAGGCUUGAAUCCAUAACUAGGGAUGGAAGAAAAGUAUUUAUCGACAGGGCACCAAUGUAUAAUAUCGUCCGAAUUAAGAGAGUUCCUAGGCAAUGGAAAUAGAUACACACCAUUAUUUGUAUGGAAAAUAUCACUUCAUGUUACUAUACUUUAAUUAGGUUUUGUUUUUAGUCCAUAUAAUUUAUUUUCAUGAUUUUUCAUCCUUCUGUUAUUCUAUCCGAAAUGUUGGUCUCCUUAUUUCUAAAAAUAUUUAGAAGGACCAUGAGUUAAUCCAAACAAUAUUAAUUUUACGUA